UUUUACAAAUUUCUAUUUAGAUUCUGAUAUAUUUUAUUCCAAUAGACUAUAAAAAAUGUUAUCUGUUAGUGAAGAUCAAAUAAGAUCUAUUGGCGAAGUCCUCAGUAAUGAUAAAAGACCUCUGAAAGAAAGAUUCCGAGCUCUUUUUACUCUAAGAAACAUAGGAGGUCCUCUUUCUAUUGAACUAAUCGGAAAAUGCUUUAAUGAUCCAUCUGUUUUACUUAAACAUGAACUGGCAUAUUGCUUAGGACAAAUGCAAGAUGAGAAGGCCCUCGACAUUUUAAUAUCUGUUUUAGAUGAUAAAAAUCAAGAACCAAUGGUCAGGCAUGAAGCUGCCGAAGCUUUGGGUGCAAUAGGAUCAGACGAAGCUCUAGAAUGUCUCCAAAAAUAUAAAGACGAUAAAGUAAUCGAAGUUGCAGAAACAUGUCAAUUGGCUUUGGAACGCAUAAACUGGCUCAAAAAUUCAGAAGAGGAAAAUAAAGGUUUAUCCCAGAGUUUGUACAAUUCUGUGGAUCCAGCUCCACCUUCUUCCAUCACAAACAUUGACGAAUUGAAAAAGAUACUUGUUGACGAAAAAGCCACUCUUUUCAACAGGUAUCGAGCAAUGUUUGCCCUACGUAAUAUUGGCACUGAACCUGCAAUUGCAGCUUUAGGGGAAGCUCUGAACUAUGGUAGCGCACUUUUCAAGCAUGAAAUUGCAUUUGUUUUCGGCCAAAUGCAGAAGGAAUCAAGUAUCUCUUACCUGAAACAUUCCUUAGAGAACGAUACAGAAAAUGAAAUGGUUAGGCAUGAAUGCGCUGAAGCACUAGGAUCGAUAGCAACAGACGAAUGUACCGAAAUAUUGAAUAAGUAUUUGUCUGAUGAAAAGAGGGUUGUGAAAGAAAGCUGUGUUAUUGCAUUGGAUAUGUGUGAAUAUGAAAAUAGCCCUGAAUUCCAAUAUGCCAAUACCUUAACAAGUACAUGAAAUUUUUUAAUGAAUAAAAUGUAAAUAGUU